AUGUUCCUGAUGCGGUUUACCGAGCGGGCCUACACCAACUACACGGAGGAAGCUGUCCGUAACAGCCCCAACCAGGCCGUGCGGCUCACCUUUUCCAACAGCAACUUCGAUCCGAUGGUCGGCGCAAGGCAGUACAACGAGUAUUUGGACGAAUACGAGUACUGCGAGGAGGUCGGGUUCGACGGGUUGAUGCUCAACGAGCACCACAACACCCCCACCUGCCUCGGUGCCACCAUGAACCUAGAGGCUGCCAUCCUCGCCCGCAACACCAAGACACCCAAGAUCGUGCUGCUGGGCAACCCCUUGCCAGUGUUCGACAACCCCCUGCGCUUGGCUGAAGAACUGGCCGAGAUCGACAUGAUCUCCGGCGGGCGGCUGGUGUCUGGCUUCGUGCGCGGCACCGGCGUCGAGAGCCUGGCCGCCAACGUCAACCCGCUGUUCAACCGGGAGCGGUUCGAGGAAGCCCACGACCUGCUCAUCAAGACCUGGACCACCCCCGGCCCCUUCCGCUGGGAGGGCAAGCACUACCAUUCCGGCCCGGAGACGCUGGUAUGGGCCGCCGAGCGCCGUUAUCCCUACAUCUACCUCGAGACCGAUCCGCAGGGGACCCAGGACAUGAUGGACAUCUACACCGAGACGGCCCGCGAGAACGGCUACGAGCCCGGCCCGGAGAACUUCGGCUACCUGUGCCGCAUCCACGUUCAGGACACCGACGAGAAGGCUUACGAGUCGGCCAAGGGCUUCCUGACCGGCAACGUCGGCGUGGGCCGGGUGCCGAUGCCCCGCGACUACAUGAUGCCCAUCGGCUACAGCGGCAGCAUGAAGGACCCCCGCGUCGCCCGCUACCAGGGCCGCGUCCGCAAGGACCCAUUCCUCGGCUUGGGAUUGGAGGAGGCCAGUUACGAUGAAAUUCUCGCCUCCAACCGCUGGAUUGUCGGUAGCCCCGAAACCGUGGUGCGCAAGCUGCGCGACGUGCUGGGACAACUGCGCCCCGGCAUCCUUGGCAUCUGGACCAACGACGGUGACACCACUCACGCCGACACCAUGAACUGCUUGAAGCUUAUGGGAGAGGAAGUGUUGCCCGCCCUGCGCGAAAUCGGCGAGGACCUGGAACUGACCGAUCCGUUCCAGAAAAUGCAGGCGGAGUAG